AUGGCUAGGAGUAGAACAAAGGCUAGGAAUCCAGUAAUGAAAGUGUCUGAUGAAGAAAGCGUCAGUGACGCGUCGUCCAUAGUGGACAGUGAUUUGGAGGUUGACGAAAAGGAAGAUGGCAAGGCAGACGCCCAUGGAAGUGGAACUAAGAAUAAGCAAAGCAAAAAUGAGCGCAAGGCAAGGAAGUCCAUGAGCAAGUUAGGAUUAAAGCCAGUGGAAGGUGUAACGAAAAUUUACAUCAGAAAGUCCAAACAGGUUUACUUCGUUGUCAACAAACCCGAUGUCUUUAAACUGCCAAAUUCUGACACUUACGUCAUAUUUGGCGAAGCUAAAAUUGAGGAUAUCAAUGGUGCUAAUCAAGCAGAAGCUGCGCAGCGUCUCAGCCAAUUAACCUCAUCGAUUCCCACUGCUGCUGAUUCAGAUCUCGCUGUACCCGUGACUCCAGACGUCCCUGAGGCUGAAGCUGGAGAUUUUACCCCGUCACCUGCUGAUAUAGAACUGGUAAUAAAACAGGCUGGAUGUACCAGAGAACAGGCCACUCAAUCUCUUGUCAAACACAAGGGUAACGUCAUUGACAGUAUAAUGGAACUAUCAGCAUAG